GCCCUCCGCAGCACAGCAUCCCAACCUCAGCAUGGCAGAGGGAACAGGGGCUUCGGGGACCCCUCCCUGCUCUCCCCGCAGCAGGAAUGAAAUUUGGGGCAGGUGACUUGGCAGAGCAUCCCAAAUCACGUGCCCACCCUGGCCCGGCUGUGUCCCUGCUGAAGCCAUCCCAGCCCACGUCCAGCUCCAUCCGUGGCUCCUCCAGCACUUGCUAAUGGUGGGGAUAUGCAGGACACCCCGUCAGAGGUCCCUUAUGGUGGCUUUCCCUGCUGACCCUCCUCUCCCGCCACCAUCUCAGCUCAUCGCUCCCCCUGGUUCCUCCUGGGGGGCUUUGCAAACUGCUCCAGGGAGGGGGUCCAGCACGGGGAGCAUGGGGCGGCUGUCCCAUGGCAUCACGCCCCUUGUCGCAUGGUGCUUUGUCACCUUCCAAGCGGCCACCUGCCUGCCGGACCAGCCUGGAAGCCAUGCCGAGGAGCGCCUCUUCAAGCACCUCUUCACUGGCUACAACCGUUGGUCGCGGCCGGUGCCCAACACCUCUGACGUGGUCAUCGUGAAGUUUGGGCUGUCCAUUGCACAGCUGAUCGACGUGGAUGAGAAGAACCAAAUGAUGACGACAAACGUGUGGCUGAAGCAGGAGUGGAGUGACUACAAGCUGCGCUGGGACCCAGCAGAAUUUGACAAUGUCACCUCCAUCCGGGUGCCCUCUGAGAUGAUCUGGAUCCCUGACAUUGUGCUCUACAACAACGCCGACGGGGAGUUCGCUGUGACCCACAUGACAAAGGCCCACCUCUUCUCCAACGGGAAGGUGAAGUGGGUGCCACCUGCCAUCUACAAAAGCUCAUGCAGCAUCGAUGUCACCUUCUUCCCCUUCGACCAGCAGAACUGCAAGAUGAAGUUUGGCUCCUGGACCUAUGACAAGGCCAAAAUCGACCUGGAGAACAUGGAGCAUCACGUGGACCUCAAGGAUUACUGGGAGAGCGGCGAGUGGGCUAUCAUAAAUGCCAUUGGCACCUAUAACUCUAAGAAGUAUGACUGCUGCACUGAGAUCUACCCUGACAUCACCUUCUGCUUUGUCAUCCGUCGUCUGCCACUCUUCUACACCAUCAAUCUCAUCAUACCCUGCCUGCUUAUCUCCUGCCUGACCGUGCUGGUCUUCUACUUGCCCUCUGACUGUGGGGAGAAGAUCACCCUCUGCAUCUCUGUCCUGCUGUCCCUCACUGUCUUCCUGCUGCUCAUCACGGAAAUCAUCCCAUCCACCUCGCUGGUCAUCCCUCUCAUUGGAGAGUACCUCCUCUUCACCAUGAUCUUCGUCACGCUCUCCAUCAUCAUCACUGUGUUCGUCCUCAACGUCCAUCACCGCUCCCCCAGCACCCACACGAUGCCCCACUGGGUACGCAGCUUCUUCCUGGACUUCAUCCCUCGCUGGCUCUUCAUGAAGCGACCCCCAGCACCGCCUCUCCCCGAGGGGACCAUGGGGCAGUAUGACCUCCCAGGGACAAGGCUCAGCACCUCACGGUGCUGGCUGGAGACAGAUGUGGAUGACAAGUGGGAGGAGGAGGAGGAGGAAGAAGAGGAGGAGGAAGAGGAGGAGGAAGAGGAAGAGAAGACAUAUCCCAGCCGCAUGUCCCAGGAUGGCUCCCAUGGCCAGGGCACCCAGUGCCACUACGGCUGUGGGCGCCAAGCUGGGAAGGCAUUGGGGGAGUCAGCUCCCCGGGUUCCCCCCAAGGGGGAGGAGGAGGAGGUGGGCUCAGACCAGGGGCUGAUGCUGUCUCCCAGCAUCCUGAAGGCCCUGGAAGGGGUGCAGUACAUUGCGGACCACCUGCGAGCUGAGGAUGCUGAUUUCUCGGUGAAGGAGGACUGGAAGUACGUGGCCAUGGUGAUCGACCGCAUCUUCCUCUGGAUGUUCAUCAUCGUCUGCUUGCUGGGCACUGUGGGGCUCUUCCUCCCACCCUACCUGGCAGGGAUGAUCUAGGAGCCGGGCCAGGCUGCGGUGGGGACAGCAAGCGAUGCACGCUGCCUCCUCCCAGGGAGUGGGCAUGGUGGUGCCCACGUCCAGACGGACCCUUGCCUCUCCCUGGGAGGACACAGUGGUGAUUGUGGAGGACCCUCAGAUGGGAAAUGCAGAGUGGAGCAAGGGCUGUGCCAAGGGGUGACUUGGGGAGGGACCGCUGCCUGCCAUCCUUCACUGGGUGGUCACAGCCCUCCUGGCAUUGAGGAAGGCAUGGUACAGCUCCACUGCUUGAGUGCAGGCUGGAGGCAUCUCAGAGAGUUUUUUUUUUUUUCCUUGAGACGCUGCAAGUCCUACCCAAAACCCAAAAGCUGCAUCUGGCUGUUCCUCCAACGUGCUGGGCAAGAAGAGGGGACCUCACAGCUGCAUCCUGACCACAGGGCACUCAGGACCACAGGCUGGCAUGGUCAUGCAUGAUGUGGGGCAGGUGAUAAUGCUUUGGAUGGUCUGAGCAGAAGGGGUAUGGUUGUGGGAUGGAGGUCCCUGCUCUGUAUGACUUGGGGAGCUCUGCCCUGCAAAGCCCAGCCCAGGUGUAGACCCUCUGCAACCCACCAGCACAAGUAGUUGCUGCCGCAUCAUCCCACACUGGAGCUAGGGGUGACAGGGAGAUGGAAACAGCUGACUCAGAAAUGUGGGUGGCUUGGAAGGGAAAAGCCACUCUGCAGAGUGGGAUAACCCCCCCAGCCCUGGCCAGAGGGGGCCCACAGACCCUGGGAGCUCAGGGGUGCUGCCUCAUGCUGAGGCUGGUGGACUUGGCUGGCGCAGGGGAACCUGCACUGCCAAGGUCCAUCCUGAGCAAAUCCUCCUCUCCAUCCCAUCAGAUCCCCAGCUGCCAGGCGCUGAUGACUGUGGCAAUGCAGUUUUUAAUUUCUAGCUUCUACCUACCCCCAAAGGACCCGUGCUUACAGAGCAUCUCCUCUCUUUCCCCAUGCCCCAAGAGACACAAGGUUUUUUCCUACAGUGUUUUCUCCUCCAGGACACUGACCCAUCACGGUGCUGGAUGCAGUCUGAGGGGCUUCAGAACACACUUUGUCAUUUCAGGAGUGAAAUGGGCCAGAAUAAACGGUGCCACAGAGGGACACGCAUGACCCGAGGGUGUUGCAGCCACUCAGGCAGGCUGUGGUGCAGGCAGGCAGGCUCAGGCGUGCACACACAGGGCUGAGAAAUGAGAUGUGCAAGGGAGCAAGUGCCCGUGCGUGGCUGGGUGUACUGCCACUCUUCUACACCAUCAAUCUCAUCAUACCCUGCCUGCUUAUUUCCUGCCUGACCGUGCUGGUCUUCUGCUUGCCCUCUGACUGUGGGGAGAAGAUCACCCUCUGCAUCUCUGUCCUGCUGUCCCUCACUGUCUUCCUGCUGCUCAUCACAGAAAUCAUCCCAUCCAUUGGAGAGUACCUCCUCUUCACCAUGAUCUUCGUCACGCUCUCCAUCAUCAUCACUGUGUUCGUCCUCAACGUCCAUCACCGCUCCCCCAGCACCCACACAAUGCCCCACUGGGUAUGUGGCUGUGUGCGUCCCACCCAGUACAGACAGGCUUCAGGGCUCUGCAGAGCACGGGUGGAGAGAGCAACUCCUGUCAGGGUAAUUUCUGGCUUGUCUGGGACUGUGUCUCCCUGGGGUGACGCAGGGCUGGAGGUGAACAGGACAGGAUGCCCAGCACUCCGGGCCAUGGCACCCCGGGCUUCAGCAGACCUCACCACCAUGGGGCAUGCUCCUCUUCCCCUGUUAAUCCCUGCAGCCCCUCUUGCCAGCCACAGCCAGCACCCACCACCCCUCUCAGCUCAGCCCUGCCUGGCUGAUGAGGCCACCAGGGCGUAAGCUCUGGGGUGACAACCCCCCCCGGCGUGGCACUAGACCCCCAAGCACCCUUCUUUUGGAGGGAGCUCAUCCUCAUGGCUCUGCUAUCCUGUGUAAACCGCUUCCCAGCAGCUCCACCAGGAUUUCCUUGUGGUCUUUGAAAAGCAAAGGCCUGCAGAUACCCUCACUAGCAAGCCUUGACGUGGGAGCAGGGGGAGUCCAUGACCCUCAUAUGGAUUGUGGGCUCACUGGGAAGGAGAGAGGGCUCCAGAGGGGACAUGGAUGCAGCAGACCCAGGUUCACCCCAGAAGCUCCCCCGGGGAUGCUGCCAUCAAGAAUGGCUCUUCCCCAUGCUGGCAA